CGCCCCCACCACGGCCCCGCCUCCUGGCCCGGAAGUGCGCACGCGCAGCGACAAGAUGGAGCCUGCGGCCGAGCCGCUGCGGUCUGUCCGCCACCUGUCCCGCGUGCUGCUUUUCCUGUCCCAGUGCUACAUUCUGUCCGGCGAUGAGAAUCAACUAUUCUCUCACCUCACAGAAAGUACUGAAAUCCCUCCUUACAUGAUGAAGUGUCCAAGCAAUGGUUUGUGUAGCAGACUUCCUGCAGACUGUAUAGAAUGUGCGACCAAUGUCUCCUGCACUUACGGGAAGCCUGUCACGUUCGACUGCACAGUGAAACCCUCUGUUACCUGUGUCGAUCAAGACCUCAAACCCCAGAGGGACUUUGUCAUCAACAUGACUUGCAGGUUUUGCUGGCAGCUUCCUGAAACAGACUAUGAGUGUACAAAUUCCACCACCUGCAUGACCGUGGCUUGCCCUCGGCAGCGCUAUUUCGCCAACUGCACCGUGCGUGACCACAUUCACUGCCUGGGCAACCGGACGUUCCCUAAGCUGCUAUACUGCAACUGGACGGGCGGCUACAAGUGGUCGACAGCCCUGGCUCUCAGCAUCACCCUUGGGGGGUUCGGAGCCGAUCGCUUCUACCUGGGCCAGUGGCGCGAAGGCCUGGGCAAGCUCUUCAGCUUUGGCGGCCUGGGGAUAUGGACCCUAAUCGAUGUCUUGCUGAUUGGAGUUGGCUAUGUGGGACCAGCGGAUGGCUCUUUGUACAUUUAGUGUGGUUAUGUGCUUCAGAGAGCAGCGUGGAGUCCUUUGUGUGGAGAUGGACACGGGGUGAGAGGGGUAUUUAUGUUUUUAAUGUACAGCAUCUGUACUUGGCUUGCCUUGAUGAAGGUAAAAUAAAGAAAUAGAACACUGAA